ACAAGAGUAGGGAGUGGUGCGAGAAAUCAAUCCGCCCCAUGCCCACAUCCGUCGCCACCCACGCAACCCUCCUCAUCAAAGCCGCAGCCGCCAAGCCCUUCUUCUCCCCCCGCCCGGCGGCCCGGAUCCCCGCCCCUUCUCCUCACCCUCCUCCCCCGCCCGCCGGCCGCCGCCUGCCGAACACGGCGGCCGCUCUCGCAGCCGCAGCCCGCCGGUUCCGGUGGCCGUCGGCGGCCGCGUCGGCGCGGGGGCUGUGCGCGCCGCCGCAUUCCGGCGGCGAGGGGAUGGGAUCUGAUGCGGGGGCGGGGGCCAGGAAGAGGCGGGACUCGGCCGUGAACGGGCUCGCCAAGGACGUGCCGCCGGUGAACGGGAUGAUGAUGCCCAAGGAGGAGCCCGCGACCGCGCCGCCCAGGUUGCUCACGCUGCCCACCGUGCUCACCAUUGGCCGCGUCGCUGCUGUGCCGCUUCUGAUCAGCACUUUCUACAUGGAGGGUCCAUGGGCAGCUACGGCCACAACAGGCAUCUUCCUUGCUGCUGCAGUCACUGAUUGGCUAGAUGGUUAUAUCGCUAGAAAGAUGCAGCUAGGAACACCUUUUGGUGCAUUUCUUGAUCCUGUGGCUGACAAGCUUAUGGUAGCCGCGACAUUAGUUUUACUAUGCACCAAACCUUUGGAAACAUCACUGCUCAAUGAUGGGCCAUGGCUUCUAACAGUCCCUUCCAUUGCUAUCAUUGGGAGAGAGAUUACAAUGUCAGCUGUGAGAGAAUGGGCCGCAUCUCAGAAUAGUGAAGCUCUUGAGGCUGUUGCAGUUAACAACUUAGGGAAGUGGAAGACAGCAACGCAGAUGACAGCAUUGACUCUGCUUCUCGCCAGCAGAGACCCAAGUGUACCUGCGCAAGGUGCUCUAGUUGCCCCCGGUGUUGCUCUACUUUACAUUUCCGCUGGACUCGCCAUAUGGUCCCUAGUGGUGUACAUGAGAAAGAUAUGGCGGACACUUCUAAAAUAGUAUUAGCACAAUAUAUAUAGUGUAGUAGAAGAAACAGAAGCAAGGCGAGGUUCUAUUCGUGAUCGUACGAUUUUUGGAAGGCUGCUUAGUUGAUUGGUGGACUGGGACCUAUCUAGAGCUGCUUGUGAUCCUCAUUCCUCAGUAACUUGUGCGUCAUCUAUUUUUGCCGCCAAAUUUGCUGAAGUAUGCCAGGAUUCUAGACAUGAUGUGACCCUGCGUGCUUAAGGAGAUAUAAGUCUGCAAUGCAGAAGAUUGUAACCCAAUACAAACACAAAACCCAGAGGUUUGUGCAUGUGGAGUUCUAUCAUUGUAAUCUGCACAUAAUAUCAUAUGCCAGGAGCAUGCAAUUAUUCUUUUCAGUGGUGACGAUAUCCCUGUCUC